AUGUACAUAGACCUAAUAUUAAGGCCACAGUACGGUGGCAAAUUCUGUCAAGGCUCAAGUCGUAUUUAUCAGCUUUGCAAUUACCAGCCCUGUCCACCAAACAGCCCGGACUUCCGAGCCCAGCAGUGUGCAGAAUACAACAGCAAACCCUUCCGGGGAUGGUUCUACAAGUGGAAGCCGUACACGAAGGUGGAAGAGGAAGACAGAUGUAAAUUGUACUGCACAGCUGAAGACUUUGACUUUUUCUUUGCAAUGUCCAGCAAAGUGAAGGAUGGAACGCUGUGUUCUCCAAACAAAUAUGAUGUUUGCAUUGAUGGAAUUUGUGAACAAGUAGGGUGUGAUCAUGGACUUGGUUCCAAAGCUGUAUUGGAUGCUUGUGGAGUUUGUAAAGGAGAUAAUUCAACAUGCAAGUUCUUUAAAGGCCAAUACUUGAUCCAGCACAAAGCUAAUGACUACUAUGCGGUGGUCACUAUUCCGGCAGGAGCGCGCAGCAUCCAGCUCCAGGAAAUGCAGAUCUCGAGCAGCUACCUUGCAGUGCGCAACCUCAGCAAGAAGUAUUAUCUAACGGGAGACUGGACAAUUGACUGGCCAGGAAAGUUCUCUUUUGCUGGAACCGUUUUUGAUUAUCAACGCUCUUUUAACCAUCCGGAGAGUCUAUAUGCAGCAGGACCGACUAAUGAGACGCUGGUCUUUGAAAUCCUGUUACAAGGCAAAAAUCCCGGGAUAGCUUGGGAAUACACCUUUUCCAAAAGCCCCCAGGAGAACAAGACUUCGGUGAGGCGACACAGCCACGCGUGGGUGACGGUGCAGUCCGCGUGCUCGGCCACCUGCGGCGGAGGACACAUUACAUCAAAAGCAGUUUGUUUAGAAGAUCAUCGUACGCAAGUUAAUUCUUCUUUUUGUGGGCCAAGGACAAAGCCUUUAACUGAAACAAAACUCUGCAAUACUAAUCCCUGCCCAGCAUACUGGUUGGCAGGAGAAUGGAGCGUGUGCAGCAAGUCUUGUGGAGGAGGGCAGCAAAGCCGUCUCCUUCAGUGUGUCCAGAAAAAGACUUUCCAAAGAGAGGAGGUGGUGGCCCAUUCCCUGUGUCCUGUGAGCACCCCUACCCAAGUGCAGGUGUGCAACAACCACGACUGCCCACCUGAGUGGAGCUCUGGACUGUGGUCUCAGUGCUCCAAGACUUGUGGGAGAGGUAUUAAGAAACGGGAUGUCUACUGCAAAAGUACCGGUUCUCCUAAGCAUAAAAUCUUGCCUGAGAGCAUGUGCAGCAAAGAGCAGAAACCCGAAUCCCAGCAGACCUGCGUGCUCGGACGGUGCCCCAAAAAUGACCGGCUCCAGUGGGCGGUUUCUUCUUGGAGUGAGUGUUCAGCUUCUUGUGGCCCAGGUGUGCAAAAGCGAGAACUGAAAUGUGGUGAGAAGAGCAUCCAUGGGAAACUGAUCACCUUUCCUCCAAGAAGGUGUAGAAACAUCAAGAAACCAAAUAUAGACUUGGAAGAAGCUUGCAACAAUGGGCCCUGUCCAGCACACUCCGUGUAUAACACGGUGUCUGGCUGGUAUUCCUCCCCUUGGCAGCAGUGUACAGUAACAUGUGGAGGGGGAGUGCAAACCCGGAGUGUGCAGUGUCUGCGCCAGGGGAGACCAGCAGCUGGGUGCUUGCCCCAUCAGAAACCAGCAAUCCUGAGAGCCUGCAACACAAACUUCUGCCCAGCUCCUGUCAAGAGAGAUGAUCCUUCUUGUGUGGAUUUCUUCACUUGGUGUCAUCUGGUACCCCAGCAUGGUGUCUGUAACCACAAAUUUUAUGGCAAGCAAUGUUGUAAAUCAUGCACGAAGAAGAACUGAUAGCAAAACAUUAUCUGAACCCUUCAGUGACAGGAGUCUCCUCUUCAAUUUAUGUUGGAAUUAACUUUGCUUUGAGGCAGGACAUGGUGCCGCAUAAACCACUGACAGAAGAGACAUAUUUUCUAAGGGAAUGUCUGAGGUACAGUAAUUGGUGGAUUAAUGUUGAAAAAGGAAUGUCUUAUUUUUUCUUUACUUGCUGACCUCACUAAAGUACAGGGUACUAUGGAUCACUUGAACACAGAGACACAAGGGGCCAGAAGUUCUUCCUUCUUUAGAAGUGUCAUUUUGCAUUGCCCUGUGUUA